AUGGUUAUGGUCGCAGUUACAGUCGUGGUUGGAGGAGGAACGUACGAUUACGGAGUUGAUGUCACUCUCACUUGUCGUGUGAGUGACAUAGAUCCACCACACAAUGUCACUUGGCAGGUCCCAGAGAGCAGUACCAGUUUAGAAAGGGGGAUGCUAGUCAACAACAUUAAUCGAUCAACCCUGACAUUCGAAGUUCGUAAAGAGGAUGAAGGUUGCUACACCUGUCAAGUUGUUGGCAGUACCGGACAAGAACAAAUUGCAGCUACGGUCACAGUUGAUCCAGCCAUACUGAUGGGACCAGAGGAUAUGAUUCUGGAGUACAGUGAUGUCCUGACUGCCACAUUCACCUGCACUGCUUUUGGUGGAGAUAAUGCUCCACUGACAAUUGACUGGCUAGCUCCAUCUGAUGUUACAGGAUUGAAUAUCAGUUCAAAAACUGAAGACAUAAAUGCAGACAACAGCACUACUAGCUCAAUCACUACUCUCCCGCUUUCACUGAGUGAUAGGGGGAGUAUGUAUACCUGUGAUGUAACCUAUGAAGGUGCACCCAGUGAUGACACUGAAGCAUCAGCUAGUGUGGACAUUGUACCAGCAAUAACGGAGGAUCCACAGAGUAUCUUUGUCGGAGUUGGACUAGGGAGGAAUGCCACCUUCAGCUGCUCUGCUUAUGGUGGACCUACUGAAGCCAUUCCUUCCCUGGAGUUCACUUGGACUGGCCCAGCUGGUAUUGAUGUCAGUAUUCAAGUGACAGAGAUGGUCAAUGAUAUAGCUACCAGUACUCUGACUCUGGUGAAUGUGACAGAGGAUUUUGAAGGAAACUACAGUUGCUCUGUGGCCUACAGUGACAUGCAAAUGAUCACAUCCAUCUCAGAGAUAGCCACUCUCAGUGCUGUCAGGGACCCCCCAGUCAUUACUGAGCCUCCCAUAGACUCAGUUGAAGAAAGAGGCAACUCCAUCACCUUCUCCUGUACUGCAGUAGGCAACGGGACUCUCAACAUCACGUGGCGACUUCCCUCAGGAGAGGUCGUGUUCAGUGGGCAGGACAUGGAGGAAAUCUGGAGAGUCAACUCAUCUCUGACUGUGACAGACAUUUCAGCAACCGAUGGAGGGAACUAUAGUUGUAUUGCUGAGAAUGAGGCAGGGGCGGUUGAAGCCACUGCUAGCCUAUGUUGCUCCAUUUGUUGAGCUAACUCCUGAAUUCGCCGUAGCUUAUGUCGGGGAAGACUUUAAUUUCACGUGUAAUGUAGACGGAGGUCCAAUGAACUCGUUUCCAGUGGGAGAAAGACUCUAUGUACUGAUGGAUGAGACCAGCAACACACUCCAAUUAACUGAUGUGGCUGCAGCAUUCGCUGGACUCUACCAGUGCACAGUGACUAACGCAGCAGGGAGCAGUAACGACUCAACUCUGCUCUACGUGGCACCCAAUAUCAUUGCUGGCCCGGAGAAUAUGACGACCAAUGUUUCCAUGAGUGUAACUUUCUCAUGCAUGGCCGAGGGUUUCCCAGUUCCUGACAUUGUCUGGGAGUACGAGGGAAACAGUGAAAGAGACGGCAGCAGUUUCCCUGGUUCAUCCUCCGCCUCUUCCGAAAGUGGAGGUGGCUCUACCAGUGGAGAAAUGUCUGGCUCUCCCAGUGACUCUACUAGCAGUAGCCAAACAUACAUGUCGAGCGAUGGACAGAUCAUAAUUGUCAACACUACAGUGGAAGGAACUGCUGUGAAUAGUACUCUGACUAUAGAUAGUGUUCAGUACGACUACUUUGGCGUCUACCACUGCGUAGCCAACUCCAGUCUUUUGGAUAGACUUACAUCAGCCGAAGCAACUUUGUCUGUCUCUCCUGAGGGCAGUGUAGCCAUCACACCGCCUGGAGUGAAUGCCACUAUGAGAGGCAGCAAUCACACGCUGACAUGUUCAGCGGAGGGUGGGCCAGGGAACGAAGUGAGUUGGGUCAAACUGGGCACCGAGACUGAGAAUUCUGACGGUCCAGAGCUGGUGAUCCCCAUAACAAAUGCAUCAGUUGGAGGUGUGUAUCAAUGUACGGUAGAGAAUCUUGCAGGGUCUGACUCAGCAACUGCAGUCGUCAACGUCAUUCCUGUUUUUACCGAUGAGCCAGCUGAUACGAAUGUCACAAGGACUGAAGAACUGGUGUUGAACUGCAGUUCUAACGGAUCCCGCGUCCAGAGAUAGUGUGGCUCCACAACGGAACUGCGCUGGAGAACACCAGUGGAAUCAUGAUAUCCGAGACCUUCUCUGAUGAAGUUGAUAUCACUAGCACACUCACUGUCAUGACCACUUCCUUCAAUAACUCGGGCAACUAUACCUGUAUAGCAAGGAGCACUGUUUUUGAUGACGUAAUGAGUAGACUGGCUCUGGUGCUAAUCCAAGAUACUCCGGAGCAGCCUCAGAAUUUGACUGCCAUUGAAAUCAACUCUCGCAACAUAACCCUGCAGUGGAUGGAACCUCACCACAAUAAUGCUCCGGUGACUGGCUACAGAGUGAUGUACACUCGACCAGACUUUCUCAUCCUCGGCAGUGGUAGUGGAGAUAAUGGAAUGGAGGUUCUGAAGCACUCCCAAUGAGACUGUAGUAGUGACUGGUCUCCACCCUGGUGUGGAGUAUGAGUUCACUGUGGUGGCUGUCAACGAUAUUGGAGACAGCAGACCCAGUGAGCCAGAGGUGGUCACAACACUGGAGGAAGUUCCCAUUGGUUCGCCUGAGAUAAUUGCAGCUAGGGCCCUGUCACCAACUGAGAUUAUGGUGAUGUGGUUGGAGGUUCCUCCAGCGGAACGGAACGGAGUUAUUUCAAUGUAUGCGGUGCGCUAUGUACCUCUGGAGACAUGUAGUGGGACAGUUACGGAGAGUAUUACCAACACCAGUAUGACAUCCACCAUUCUAACUGGUCUGGAGGAAUAUGUGGAGUACGAUAUCAGUGUGAGAGCCUUUACUAGUGUGGGGCCUGGACCAUACAGCGACAGUGUUGUGGAGAGAACAGAUGAAGAUGCGCCUGACAUGAAGCUAAAUGCAACAGCCAUGGCUCUAUCUGAAACAGAAAUCGCAGUGUCUUGGGUCGAGCUGUCUGAUAUCUGUCAAAAAUGGCAACGUUACGGUAUACGAGAUCCAAUAUGAGCCUCUAGAAACAUUUGGAGUAUUAGUCACUCGCUUUGAAAACGUGACUGCACCAGCAACAAUGGAGACCCUGACUGGUCUGGAGGAAAGUGUGGGGUAUAAUGUAAGUGUUAGGGCCUAUACCAGUGUGGGACCUGGACCAUACAGUGACCCAGUCACUGCAACGACAUUUGAAGACAGUCCGAGAACUGCUCCCCGCAAUGUAACCACCAUGGUUCUGUCGUCUACUGAGAUCCUAGUCACAUGGGAAAGGGUUCUGCCUAUUGACGAGAAUGGAGAGAUCAUUUCAUAUGAGGUUGAAUAUGUUCCUCUGGAGACAUUCGACAUGCAGAUAUCCACUAACAUGAGCAACACGACGUCGCUGAAUAUCACUCUAACUGAUUUGGAAGAGGACGUGGAGUACAAUAUCAGUGUGAGAGCCUUCACUAGUGCAGGGCCUGGGCCAUACAGUGAUCCAGUCACCAAUAGAACACUUGAAGACCGUCCCGCAGCAGCUCCUCAGAAUGUAACGACAAUGGCUGAAUCAUCUACCGAGAUCCUGGUGACCUGGGAGGAGGUCCCUGCUAUUGAUGAGAAUGGAAACAUCACUAUGUAUGAGGUUCAGUACAUGCCUCUGGAGACAUUCAAUGGACAAAUAGCCAACAAUUCCGUAACUGUUGAUCCAACUCUGCUGAACACCACUCUAACUGGUCUUGAGGAAUAUGUGGACUACAAUAUCAGUGUCAGAGCCUUCACUAGUGUGGGGUCUGGACCAUACAGUGAUGGGAUGGUUCAAAGAACACUAGAAGAUGCGCCUGCUGCAGCUCCACAGAAUGUGACGACCACUGCAGUGUCUUCCACUGAAAUCCGAGUCUCGUGGGAACCAGUGGCUCCUAUUGACCAGAACGGGAUCAUCACUAUUUAUGGGGUUAGGUUUGAGCCUCUGGAGACAUUCAAUGGUGUACUAGUCACAGAGACAGUCAACACAACUGGUCCAGUACUGACAAUCAACCUGACUGGUCUGGAGCAGGAUGUGGACUACAAUAUCAGUGUGAGAGCCUACACUGAUGAGAGACCUGGACCAUACAGUGUCGGCAUGGUCGAAAGAACAGAUCAAGAUCUCCCUGAUGCACCUCCACAGAAUGUGAUGACAGUUGUCCUUUCUUCCACUGAGAUGCAAGUAUCGUGGGAGGAAGUCCCUGCCAUCAAUCAGAGUGGACCUAUAACUGUCUACGAAGUUCGAUACGAUCCUCUAGAGACAUUCAAUGGAUUAAUAUCCACUAACACCACCAAUACCACAAUGCUGAAAACUACUCUGACUGGUCUGGAGGAAUAUGUGGACUACAGUGUCAGUGUAAGGGCCUACACUAUGAUUGGACCUGGACCAUACAGCGAUGGUAUAGUUAACCGGACUGAGGAAGAUCAGCCUGCAGCAGCUCCUCAGAAUGUAAUGACAAUGGCUGAAUCAUCUACCGAGAUCCUGGUGACCUGGGAGGAGGUCCCUGCUAUUGAUGAGAAUGGAGACAUCACUAUGUAUGAGGUUGAGUACAUGCCUCUGGAGACAUUCAAUGGACAAAUAGCCAACAAUUCUGUAAUUGUUGAUUCAACUCUGCUGAACACCACUCUGACUGGUCUUGAGGAAUAUGUGGACUACAAUAUCAGUGUCAGAGCCUUUACUAGAGUGGGAUAUGGACCAUACAGUGAUCCAGUGACCAAUAGAACUCUUGAAGACCGGCCUGCCUCCCCUCCACUGAAUGUGAUUGUUGCUAAUGUCACAUCUACCACUAUCAGAGUGACGUGGGAUGAGGUCCCAGCGAUAGAACGGAACGGAAUCAUCACUAAGUACGAAGUGGAGUACAAUCAGUCGACAUUUGACAUCAACACCACUCAGACUGUGACUGUGAACUCAACAAUGGCAGAGUUGACUGGUCUACACGAGUAUGUGGACUACUUCAUUCGAGUCAGAGCCUGCACCAUAGUGGGGGCUGGACCAUACACUGCUGACAUCAACACUACCACUGCUCAAGAUGUGCCAUCUGGUUUCCCUCCGAACAUUACUGCCACCACUCUCAGCUCCAGUAUGAUCAAUGUCAGCUGGGAAACGUUCCCACGCAUUGACCACAAUGGAAUCCUCACUGAGUACCAAGUCCAGUUCAACCAGACAGUGACAAACAUUACUCAUCCACCAACUGACACAGUACUGGUCCCCGACACUGACACAUCUGUUGUUCUAACCGGUCUCGGAGCUCUGCUCAACUACACCAUCUCUGUCAGAGCACGUACUGUGGUUGGUCCGGGUCCUUACAACCCUAGGUUCGCUGUUGCCCGAACAGAGCCGGAUGUUCCUGAGCCGCCAGAAAAGCCUCCUGAGGUCGAUGAAAUGGAUAUCAAGUUAGAGCUACCACCGGAUGAGUCUUUGGUGUCUGUGACACUUCGCUGGGUGAUUCCUUUGGUCACCGGAGGAGACCUAACUUCCUUCAACGUUCUCCUAGCGGCAAUAGGCGAUGUGAAUGCUGGUCUAGACUCACGUCGAAGGAGGCAGACUGACAACUUUCUGGACGAUUGCAUUGUACCUAACACCACCAACAAUAACUUCACAGUUUCCCCAGAUGUGACCCAGCUUGAUGUCAAUGCCACUGCAUACUCGACAUAUGAGUUUCGCGCACAGGCAGUCAAUAGUCUAGGACCGGGAGAAGUAUCCAAUGCUACCAUAUUUAGAACACCAGAGUCAGUGCCAACCAUGCCUCAGGAUCUUCUGGUGGAGUACAACAGUUCAACGUCACUGGUGGUGACUUGGGAGCACCCACUGUGUGAUUAUGGAAUCAGAACCAGCUACAACUUCUCCUAUGUGGAAGCCAACAGUGGAAAUGAUCCCAUUAUGGAUGUUCUCGACCCGGGAACUCUGGAAGUACCGCUGAGUGACCUCCAAAUAAACACGUUCUACACUGUCACACUCUGUGCCUCCACCAGUGUAGGCUGUGGACCAGCUACAGUCAUCACUAAUAAAACUGAUGAAGAUGCUCCACCAGCUAUUGGAGGAGACUUGAUGUUUGUCAAUCAGGCACAGAAUAAUGACUCAUCAGUCACUUUCACCGUUACGUGGACCAAGCCUUCAGACAGAUUUGGACCAUUCCACUACCGACUAGAGUUCGAGGCUGCACAUCUGGAUGGUUAUCCUCCGGAUAGGAGGAGAACGGUGGACAAAACUACUGAGAUUCUAAAAGAUGGAAACCAACAAUCCUUCACCUUUGAGGAGCUCUCCCCUUUGCCAGCUACUCCAUUACUCUAACUCCAUUCAACAUCAAACUCAGCAGAGACGGUUCAUCCAGCUCUCUCUCUAUGAACACCAUGGCAAUUGCUCCAACGGCGGUGACUAACUUAAUAGUGGUUGCUGUAGACUCGGAGACAUUGGGAGUGUCAUGGGAUCUCCCCGCAGUACCCCAAUGGACCUCUGUCUCAGUACAUGGUCUACUACAUUGAGUAUACUGGCCAGGAGCCCCCUUCAUUUGAACCAACAGAGCGAUCACAUAACUGUUGAGUACCCUCAGCGCACUACUCGCAUUGAAGGGUUGGACCCGUUCACUAAUACUCUGUGAUAGUUCGGGCAGUGGGUAGAGAAGGCGGUGAAGGGCUGCUGACACCUGACUCUGUACGAGUGAAUCGCACGUACACCACAACUGACACGCCUCCAACAUUAAUCACACCCACCACUGCCACCGGACGGACUACAUUCACAAUUGAGCUUCCAGACGCAACGGAUAUUGACACUGGCCCCGUCGUAUUCUAUGCCGUCAUUAUCAUUCGAAUCACCGGCACUUUCGACAGGGAAAAACCACCUGAUCAGGAUGCUUACAACAGUGCUGUAGCCUUUGAUCCUAUGGCAAAUCCACCACAAGAGGCUUACAUCACUGCAGCCUGGGGGAAUCCCCUGAAUGUUCCUACAAUGUUCACUGUUGGUGAUGGUACCUUCACUAUGGUGGACAGUGUUAUGUAUGAGAACGUUGGGCUCUCGAGCGAUACAGAUUAUGCGUACAUCAUUAGAUUUGACAUCAUGUCCGACACAUCAAAUCAGCCCCACAUAUUCCACACCGACUUUGAGUAUUUCAAGACCAGAGAGGACCCCAAGCCAGCCUCCAAUGCCGGUGCUAUAGCUGCAUCAGUCACUGUCGUUCUUCUAGUUCUCAUUGCCUUGGGUGUCGCAGUUAUUCUGGUCUGGAUAUGGUUGAGGCGUCGUGCCUACAAGUUUCUGUUUGAGGGGGAGAUUGCAGAGGGCUCAGGCCAGCAGGAGGGAGUACAGAUGCAGCCAGUGUUUAUCAACCCUCACCCCAUCAGCCCCUUCUCUGGGACCAUGGAACCCAUCCCUCUCGACAAGUUCAAAGACCACGUGCAGAGGAUGCACUCUAAUGAUGACUACCUCUUUUCUGAGGAAUACAAUAGUAUUGAGCCGCAUCAUGCUCCAACCUCCAUUGCCUGUCACUUGUCCUGCAACAUCUCAAAGAACAGAUAUGCCAACAUUGUCGCAUAUGAUCACUCUCGUGUCAAACUAAACGAGGAUCCCAACAAAGAGGGCUCUGACUAUAUCAACGCCAACUUCAUUGAUGGGUACAAGCAGAGAAACGCAUUCAUAGCUGCUCAAGGUCCAAAUCCUGAUACUGUGGCUGACUUCUGGAGAAUGGUGUGGGAGCAAGGCUCAGCCAUCGUUGUCAUGUUGACCAACCUGGAAGAGAAAGGGAGGACCAAGUGUCAUCCGUACUGGCCAGAGGACAAGAGUGGUCUGUUUGGCAGGAUCAGAGUCCAUCUCCAAGAGUCCCUGGUCCUCGCCGACUACACCCAGCGGUGCUUCUCUCUCCAGGUGAACAGCUCCAAGGAGGAGAGGAUCGUUGUUCAAUACCACUACACCGUGUGGCCCGAUCACGGAGUACCGGAGUACCCCACCUCGCUACUCCACUUUGUGAGGAAAAUCAUGGGCUUCAAACCAGAGAACUCGGGACCCAUAGUUGUCCACUGCAGUGCUGGGGUAGGGAGGACGGGUACGUUCAUUACACUCUUUUCCCAGCUGCGAAGGAUGAAAGAAGAAAAGAACUUCGAUAUCUUUGGAUACGUGCGCGGGAUGCGCUACAAACGCAACUGCAUGGUUCAGACAGAGCCUCAGUAUGUGUUCAUUCAUGAUGCUCUGCUGGAGGCAAUCGAAUGUGGAGUGACAGAAGUCCAGGCAAGGGAGCUACAGGAGCAGUACAAGCAGCUCUGUGAGGUUGAUGUGGAGCAAAAGGUGACUGGUCUCAGCCUGCAGUUUGACAAUCUCGACCGCACCAUCCACCGCAAGCUGCGGAGAAACACAGGCACUCUCCAAUUCAACAAACCCAAAAACAGAUACGGAGCCAAUCCAGAUGCCCUCCCAUAUGAUCGUAAUAGGUGUCGUCUGUCAUCAGUGCCCGGAGUGGAGGGGUCUGACUACAUCAAUGCCAGUUUCAUAGACGGUUACCACAAGGCAAAGGCCUUCAUAGCCACCCAAGGCCCUCUUCCAGACACGCAGGACGACUUCUGGAAGUUAGUGUGGCAGCUAAAGAGUGCGACCAUUAUCAUGCUCACCAAAGAGAAGGAGGGAGGAAAGACGAAGUGUCAUCGCUACUGGCCCCAGACCGGAGCAGAGACGUACGGGAAGCUGCAGGUCAUCUCCUGCAAAUCCACAGACUUCACUGACUAUGUUCUGAGGGAGUUCCAGCUGGUCGACACUCAUGACAGCUCCUCUCUCAACGUGAAGCAGUUCCAGUACACGGACUGGCCCGAGGAGUCGGUGCCUGCGUCGGGCUCCGGUCUCAUCGAUCUCAUUGGUCAGGUCCAGAAAUGGCAGAGGAAUUCUGGGGACAAACCCAUCAUUGUCCACUGCAGUGGAGGGUGUGGAAGGACUGGGACCUACAUAGCAGUGAGCAUCCUCAUUGAGAGGCUGAAGACUGAGGGAGUGGUGGAUGUGUUCCACACAGUCAGGAACCUGAGGCUCCAGAGGCCUGGCAUGGUCCAGGCUGAGUCACAACUGGAUUCUGCUACAAGACAACUCUCGAGUAUCUGGAAUCAUUUGAACUCUACGAUAAUUUCAAGUAGAUAGUCCCUUUUUUUCACGUGGACUGAUCUUUCUUUCUUAACCCAUGCAUGUGUGUAGUUUUGUAGAGUCACUUUUUUUAACCAUUACUGUCCGUCGGAUGCGCAUGCGCAGACUGGUGUCAGAGAGGGCGUAUCGCUGGGGGGCCGCUGUUGGGUAACAGAAAAGAGCUCCAAUCCUUGCUGCCUUCCUUGUCCGAAAGAUGGGGACGCCUCGCACGUCUUCGACGACUUGCCUGCUGCUGCUUCCCUUUCUGUGGGCCUUUGCUAGCGCGACAGUGAACGUUACGCAGUUGGGGUACCGGCUAUUAACGGAUCAAGCGUUAUACUCACCUGCACUCUAUCGUCCACCAUGCCAGCGGAUAACGUCGGAUACGUUUGGUACACUUUGGAGAUUAUCGAAGGUUAUUUCUCGUCGGGGGGCAGCAGCGGCAGUGGCCAGGGGAACAACCCAGGGCUGACAGAAAUCCGGAGAACUCAAAAUCUGACUUUUUCCCCCAGUUCUUUUCAGUGACCAAGGGGACUAUGUAUGUGGAGCAAAUUUUGGUGGUUUUGAGAUGCUUUCAGAUCCCUUCACACUCUACGUUUCUCCUGAGGGGAGCGUCAGUGUGUCUGCUGAUCCAUCCACGGCUCUCUACUUCGAAGGAGAUGAUAUAAUCCUCAACUGUUCAGCUCAGGGUGGACCAUCCAACGAGUAUCAGUGGACACUGAAUGAUGAGAUCAUCGCAACGAAACUGGACCUGUCCUCAAUCUGGUGAACAUCACAGGCAAUGAUGAUGGUGGUGUGUACACUUGUGCAGUCAGUAAUGAAGCUGGAGGUGAUGAAGACAGCUUCACGGUCAAUGUCAGCCCCGUCAUCAGUCUAAACCCAGCUUCCAUAGAUCUCGAUGUUCUUGUUAUUGGUUUCCUAGAGUGCGCAGCAAGUGGGUUUCCUGAACCGACCUACCAGUGGUUCAAAGUCGGAGGAGAGAUUAGUGCAAACGUGACUGGAGAAGACACAUCUCUUCUGAUCUUCAAUCGAACGUAUUAUGGAGAUGAAGGCAACUACUUCUGCAUGGUUACGUCAGGAGACGUAAUCAUCAACUCCUCAAUAGCUACACUAACACUUUCUCCUGACGGUACUGUGAAGAUAAACCCAGAGAAUGAAUCGUUCUCAGUGGGAGAUGAUGUCAACCUUACAUGCAGUGCUAGGGGUGGGCCUGGCAACCUAUUUCAAUGGUCCAAGAACGGUGUGGACUUAGAGGGGGAAAACAGCACAGUUCUAUCCCUUACCAACAUCACUGUGGAUGAUGGAAGCAAAUACGGCUGUGGCGUCAGAAACUUGGGCAUUUACUUCAACGCAUCUACGUUUGUUUUCAUUAAUCCUGUCAUAUCAAAAGACCCAUCAGACGAAGCAACGACUAAUGGUUCUAACGUUUCUCUUCAGUGCUUAGCAGAGGCUUUUCCCAAUCCCACGUACCAGUGGACCUAUGCCAAUGGCUCUGAAAUCAGCUCUGAUCUGAUCACUGGAGUCAACACAACCACACUACGGUUUUCGCCAGCAGAGUUUGGAGCUGAAGGAAGCUACAUAUGUACAGCAACAGCGAACAACUUCACCGCCACUUCUGACAUGGCUACCCUCUUCCUAUCUCCUGCACAGACGGUCACAAUAUCACCCAGCGAGAUUACGGCCAGUACUGGUGAUAAUGUGACUCUAACUUGUUCGGCUCUCGGUGGACCCAACAAUACCUUCAGCUGGCAGAGAGAGGGAGUUGCAAUCAACGUCACAACCGCCACACUCGUGAUACCCAGCAUCACCACCUCAGAGGGUGGAGACCACAUGUGUGUCGUUACCAAUGCAGCUGGAGAGGGCUCUGCUAUAGUCACAGUGUUAAUCCGACCUAUCAUAACCAGUGCAGAGGACAUAUUCACAGCCAAUGGAACUGAGGUUGAGUUUGUAUGUGAAGCUGAUGGGAUUCCUUCCCCCAAUGUCACGUGGGAGAGGAUUGGCGAGGGUGGAAACACAACCGUCAGCAACAGCAGUACUUUCAGCUUGUCUCCAGCUGUGUUUGGAGAUGAGGGGGACUACCAAUGCGUAGCCAAAUCUACAACUGGCACUGCCACUGAAACCGCCAGACUGACAAUUUCUCCUGAAGGAAGUGUGGAUGCAUCACCUCGUGAUGUGAGCAGUGAGAGAGGUGUGACCCAGAACUUUACCUGCUCUGCUGUGGGAGGUCCCGGGAACACCUUCACGUGGACCAGACUACGUGACUCUAUGGUUGUCAGUCAAACCUCACAACUUGAUGUAGUGGUUGACGAUUCCUAUGAUGGAGGGGAAUACCGAUGCAGCGUCCAGAACGAUGCUGGAAACGACACAGAUGAUGUCGUUCUGAGAGUUGCGGUCGCGGUGGAUCUCCACCCUGAGAGUGCCAAUGUCAGCAUUGCAGACAACUUCACUGUCACCUGUGCAGCCUCAGCUUACCCUCUCCCAAACAUCAGCUGGUGGCAUAACUCUAGCCUAGUGGAUGAGGCCAACCCUCGCAUCACAAUCUCUCAGACCACCGGCAUUAGAACUGUAGAGAGUACUAUCACCACUGUCAAUGCUACCACUAGUGAUGGUGGAACUUAUGUGUGCCAAGUUGGAGCUCCGCCGGGAACUGACUUUGAUACAACAGACAGCGAUCCUGCACUAAUACUGGUACAAGCCACCCCUGAGAGGCCGCAAGGUGUGCAAGGAGUUGACGUCACAUCCCAAAAUCUGGUCCUGCAGUGGGUGGAGCCUCACAACAGCAAUGCUCCUAUCAUAGGGUACAGGGUUAUGUACCGUCAGCCAGCCUUCCAGGGUGGAGCAGAUGUGGAGUUGAAUGUGCCGAGACAUCCCUAUUUGUGAUGAAUCUGCUCCCUGGAAUCACCUACAACUUCACUGUGGUGGCUUUCAACGAAAUCGGAGACAGUCCACCCAGUGAUAUUACCCCAGUUAGAACUCUGGACGAAGUACCCACUGGCUUCCCACAAAAUGUCACUGUUGUAAGAACAACUUCUACAGUCAUUGAAUUGGAGUGGGAACCUGUACCAAUUGACCAGCGUAACGGAGACAUCACACACUAUGAGAUUGAACUCAACCAAGUAAUGUUCUCAGAGGAGCCUGGGUCUGAACUUAGAUCAACCUCUGAGCCUCGGCUGAGCACUAAUCUGACUGGACUGCAGGCAUUUGUCGAGUACACAGUCAGAGUGAGGGCCGUCAAUAGUGCCGGCUUCGGGCCCUUUAGCCCUAAUGUCACUGCCAUGACACUGACUGACAGACCUGAUAAUUCACCUCAGAAUGUGACAGCCACUGCGGUAUCUCCAACUGAAAUUGAAGUUUCUUGGGAGGAAGUUCCUCCUAUUAAUCAGAAUGGGAUUAUCACUACUUAUGAAGUUCGCUACAUACCAGAAGCAAGUUUUCAAGACCAGAUCUCAACAAACAGUGUCAAUAUCACCAACACCUCCAUAUGACAACCAUUCUAACUGGUCUUGAGGAAUAUGUAGAGUACAAUAUCAGUGUGAGAGCCUUCACUAGUGAGGGGCCUGGACCAUACAGUCCUGAUGUCGUCGAAAUAACAGACGAAGCUGAACCUGCUGCAGCCCCCCAGAAUGUGAAUGCCACAGUUAUAUCGUCCACUGUGAUCCAAGUUUCAUGGGAAGAAGUCCCAGCCAUCGAUGAAAACGGAGAGAUCAUGUUUUACGAAGUUCGAUAUGAACCUCUCAUGCCAUUUGCUGGGCAGGUAUCCACCAACAAUACGAAUAUACCAGUGCUGAAUAUCACUCUGACUGGUCUGGAGGAGUAUGUUGAUUACAGAAUCAGUGUGAGGGCCCACACAAUUGCUGGGGCUGGACCAUACAGCGAUCCUCCUCUCAUCAGAGAACUCUACAAGAUGCUCCUUCAGCUCCACCGGAUGGAGUUAUAGCUGAGAGCCUGUCCUCGACAACAGUCAGAGUUAACUGGUCUAUGGUGCCUCCUAUAGACCAGAAUGGCAUCAUCCAAUUGUAUGAGGUUGAGUACAGCCAGAUGAACUUCACCCAAGGCGUAUCAACCCUCAAUCAAACAGUAGUAGACAAUGAGACCUUCUCACUGGUGUUGAGAGACCUUCUGGAGUAUGUUGUGUACUCAAUUGAAGUGCGAGCCUACACUGAGGUAGGGGAGGGUCCAUACAGUGAUGCUAUAUAUGUCACCACCGAUCAAGAUGUUCCUGCGUCAGCUCCGGUUGAUGUGAGAGCCACUAACCAGUCUGCCACUUCAAUCCUGGUCACCUGGGGUCAGGUCCCAGCCAUUGACAGGAACGGAAUCAUCAUCAGCUACGAUGUGGAGUAUACUCAGGACACAUUCCCCGCAGCUCCUACCAUUCAGAACCGCACAGUCAAUGAUACAAUGGUGAUACUGACUGGGCUACAGGAAUAUGUUGUGUACUCGAUUCGAGUAAGAGCCUCAACCAUUGUUGGCUCUGGACCAUUCAGUGAGAAUGUUACAGAACAAACACAAGAAGCUGCCCCUGCCUCGCCUCCUGAUAACGUGAAUGCUACUGCCGAAUCGUCGACCUCGAUUCUAGUUACCUGGGAAGACGUUCCAGAUAUAGACCAGAAUGGAGUAGUCACAGGGUACCAGGUGGAGUACAGUCAGUCAACGUUUGGAAACACGACCCAGUAUGUCCCUGUUGGAGAUGUCAGAAGUGUCCAACUUCCUGAGCUAGAGGAAUACGUGACGUACACUCUACGAGUCAGGGCAUCGACAAUCGCUGGAUACGGACCAUAUAGUCAGCCUAUCACUGAGAGGACACUAGAAGAUGCUCCUGCCUCACUCCGACAAACGUCACUGCUGCGGCAACCUCAUCAACCUCAAUUCGAGUGAACUGGGAAGAGGUUCCAGUCAUUGACAGGAAUGGAAUUAUCACCAUGUAUGAAGUGGAGUACAAUCAGACGGAUUUCGACAUCGGCACCACUCAGACUCUGACUGUGGCCUCAACAACAGCGGAGCUGACCCAACUACUGGAGUAUGUGGAGUAUUCCGUUCGCGUCAGAGCCUAUACGGAAGCCGGCUUUGGUCCGUAUAGUGAUGCCAUUUAUGAGACAACACUACAAGAUGUUCCCUCAUCACCACCAACCAAUUUGUCUAUUGUUGAAGUUUCCCCGACUACUAUCAGAGUGACGUGGGACGAGGUCCCAGCAAUAGAACGGAACGGAAUCAUCACUAAGUACGAAGUGGAGUACAAUCAGUCGACAUUUGACAUCAACACCACUCAGACUGUGACUGUGAACUCAACAAUGGCAGAGUUGACUGGUCUACACGAGUAUGUGGACUACUUCAUUCGAGUCAGAGCCUACACCAGAGUGGGGGCUGGACCAUACACUCCUGACAUCAACACUACCACUGCUGAAGAUGUGCCCAGUGGAGCUCCACGGAACUUGGUGGUUCAGAACAGCAGUGCUAACAGCCUCAGUGUGUCGUGGGAGAGGCCAAAUGAAAUAGACAUCAAUGGAGUUCUUGUCGUAUAUGAAAUAGACUACUUCAUUGCAAGCACUAGCGCUAUUCAAAGGAUGCAAGUGAAUGGGGCUAAUUUGGCAGCUGAGCUGGAGAAUUUGAACAACUACACCGUCUACGAUGUCUAUGUGUAUCCCGUGACUAUUGGUAGAGGUCCGCCUGUUAGUGAUAGCGAGAGAACCAGUGAGAACGUUCCUGGGGAAGCUCCACUUGGUGUGAUGGGUUACAACACCUCUUCCACCAGUAUCAAUGUGACCUGGUCCCCUCCGCCUCCCAAUGUAAUCUUUGGCAUCCUCAGACGCUUUGAGAUUAGAUACUUCAUCAGCUCACAGCCACAUCUUAAAACAAACUUAACCGAUACUGCCACAGCAUUUGAAAUCAGAGGUCUUGAGAAGUUCACCAACUACUCAAUUGAAGUUUCAGCAGUCACAAUUGGCAAUGGACCAUUUAGUACCCCAAUCUACGUAGUAACUGACGAAGAUGUUCCAGGAGAUGUGCCACAGCCACCAGAGGUUCUCCGUAGUAGCAUCACCACCACCACUGCCAAUGUCACAUGGGAAGAACCACCUCAGUCCAACGGAGUCAUCAUCGGAUACACUAUCAACUAUGUUGCAUUGUCAAUGGCUAGUGGAGUGGGGCAGAGAAGAAGAAGACAGACAGGGGGUGAUAUUCUUCCAGAGUGUAUUAUGGGUGGACCGGAGAAUAUCAAUCGCACUGUUGAAGUCCCUGGCGAUCAGACAUAUCUUCUGUUGGAAGAUCUCACUCCAUUCUUGACAUACGAGUUCUCGGUUCAACCAGAGACCAGAAUUGGUAGAGGAGGAUUCUCUGUACCAAGGCCAUUUGAAACCAAUGAAGACGUUCCCACUGCUCCAAGGGAUCUCACAGUCGAGUACCUCAGCUCCACCUCACUGGAGGUGACAUGGACGCAUCCACAGUGUGACUAUGGUAUCAGGACUGGCUACACGUUGAAGCACAGUGUUCUGCCUAUCCCUGAGCCUCCUGGUACCCUUGCCAGCAAUAUCCCACCCUCAUACUCAAGCAUUGGUCCCGACAACACUAGUAUCGUUUUGGAAGGUCUGAGCCCUAAUACCAACUACAGCAUCUCUCUGUGUGCUUACACCAGCUCAGGCUGUAGCAACGCCUCCACUGCCAUCAACCAGACAAACGAAGACGCACCACUGGCUGUCACAAACACAAUAAUCAAUUUCGAUAGAAUACCAAAUUCACUAACUGAAGUGAGACUGGAUAUUUCCUGGACUCCUCCGUCAAAUCGCAACGGAUCCUUCGAAACUAUGUUCACAUACUUUGGGACCCAGACGCCAGAUUAUCCUCCGCAGAGGAGCAACUCUAGUUCAAACCAAACUCUGAUUCUUUUGGAAGACCAGCGCACAUUUACCAUUUCAGAUGGGCUGCCUUAUGCCGAGUACACUGUCACUCUCCAACCAUUCAAUGUAAAGACAGACAACAGAGCACCGCCCUAUUCAAUGACUGUACGAACAAUAGCUAUCGAGCCGACAGUGGUUCUUGAUCUAGCAGCUGAAGGCAGCACCUCAACAUCAAUCAGUGUAUCAUGGGACCUUCCUGCAUACCCCAAUGGCCCUAUCUCAAGCUACAUUAUCUACUACAGGAAGAUAUCGGACGACACCACUAAUCUAGACCCAUCAUCUGUUCUACAAGACCCCAGCAAUAUCAACAUUGAUGGCUACCCUAUUAAGAGAAUCACGGGUGUCAACACAACACGGGCUGUCAUAAGUGGUCUUGAGGUGUACCGCUACUAUAGCAUCAUCGUAAGAGCCAUUGGUGCAGAGCCAGACUCACCACCGGAGCUGAAUGCAGCUCUCUUGGAAGUGGUGGCCCGGACUUUCAGCGACCUCCCGACAGAGCAACCAACACCCAUACAGCCGGAUGGGAACUCUCGAACAACAAUCACUAUUACCUUACCGGACCACACCUAUAUUGAUGCCGGAGAAGUCAUUUUCUAUGCUGUGGUAUUGAUCAGAGGAUAUCAAGGGAACAUGAAGCAGGAGGAUUAUGAUGAUGCCAAGGCAUAUACGCCUGAUGUAUACACUCCAUAUUACAUCACUGCUGCAUGGUCCAAUGCGAACAUCACUCGUGUACCUCUGAGAUACGUCAUAGGAAAUGAGUCUGUGACGUAUGCAAAUGGUGUGAGGUACUUGAAUGCAAGGCUGGAAUCAGGCUCUGAUUACAGCUUCUUUGUCAGAAUAGAUCUGAAAUCAGACACUGGGGAGGCUCUCAGGAUUCGUACCAACUUCACCAACCUUUCUACGAGAGAUGAAAUUGCCGACAACAAUGCAGCCGGCGCAGCUGCUGGUGGGGUGAUUGGAACCCUGGUAACUAUUGCUGCCGUCAUCGCAAUUAGUCUUCUCAUUUUCUUCAUUUUGAGGCGGCGUCGCUCCCAGAAGCUGGAUAUCCCACAAGAGGUUGCCAUGAAAAAGAUGACUAGUAGCAAGAACCCUGUCACAGCCAUCUCCAGUCAUGUUAUAGCCAACCCGCUGGCUGCUCCACACCGGGGGACAUUUGAGCCAAUCCCUGUCAGAAACUUUGCAGCUCAUGUUGUCCACCUUCACUCCAAUGACGAUUUUCUCUUCGCUGAGGAGUACUCGUCCGUUGAGCCUGACCACGCCCCCAUGUCAGAGGUGUGUCUUCGACCAGAGAAUCAGUCCAAGAACCGCUACGCCAACAUCAAAGCAUACGAUCACUCUCGAGUACAGUUGGCGGUUCUUCCUAGCGAGCCUGGGUCAGACUACAUUAAUGCCAACCGAAUCAACGGCUAUGGCCAAAAGAAUGCGUUCAUAGCAACUCAGGGACCAGUCCCAGCGACUGUGACUGACUUCUGGAGAAUGGUGUGGGAGCAAAGCACCGCCACCAUUGUCAUGUUGACCAACUUGGAAGAGAAAGGAAGGAUAAAGUGUCACAAGUACUGGCCUGACGAGAUGGAGCGAACAAAGGCUCUCGACUCCAUUCACAUCUACUUCCAGGACUCUUUGGUCCUGGCAGAGUACACCGUCCGCACAUUCUCCGUGCAAAUGGACGGAUCCAAAGAAGAGAGGAUUGUGAAGCAGUUCCACUACACAGUGUGGCCAGAUCACGGCGUGCCCGACUACCCAACUCCUCUGCUCCAGUUCGUCCGUAAGGUGUCUUCAUCGAACCCGAUUAAUGCAGGGCCUGUGAUAGUCCACUGCAGUGCCGGUGUGGGGCGUACAGGGACAUUUAUUACACUGGAUGCACAGCUGAAGAGGAUCAAGAAAGAAAGGAGUGCUGACAUUUUCGGGUUUGUGCGAAGGAUGAGAGGGAGACGCUGCUACAUGGUACAGACUGAGCAACAGUAUAUAUUCCUUCACGAUGCUCUACUGGAGGCCAUUGAGUGUGGAGUGAGUGAAGUGGCUGCCAGAGACCUGCACAAGCAGCUGCAGACACUGCUCGAGAUAGACCCAGCCACAGGCAAGACUGGACUCCAGAGAUCUUGCAGAAGGUCCAAAACACGCUGCACCUCAGAGAUCAAAAGACAGUCAGCACUCUGCCUGUCAACUUGCACAAGAACAGAUAUGCUGAUCGUGAAAUGCUUCCAUAUGACAGCACAAGGUGUCGGUUGAAGAGUAUUCCAGGGGCAAAGGGCUCUGACUAUAUCAAUGCCAAUUACAUCAAUGGUUACUAUCGUGCCAGGGAGUUCAUAGCCACCCAAGGUCCCCUCCCAGACACAGAGAACGACUUCUGGAGAAUGGUCUGGGAGCAGAAGAGCUCCACCACUGUGAUGCUCACCAAACACAAGGAGAAUGAUGGGAAGGUGAGGUGUCACAUGUACUGGCCCAACAGUGGGGCAGGCCAGUACGACUACCUGCAGGUCAUACUCAUUGGGACCACUCCAUACCCUGGCUAUACUCUCAGGGAGUUCAACAUUGUGGACACGAGAGACGAGUCCUCACGACUUGUGAAGCAUUUCCAGUACACGGACUGGCCGGGGAACUCGGUCCUCCAGACUGGGUCGGCUCUCAUAGAUCUGAUUGGUCAAGUCCAGAGGUGGCAGAGGAGCUGUGACAAGAAACCCAUCAUAGUCCACUGCAGCAGAGGAUGUGGAAGGACUGGGACCUACAUAGCAGUGAGCAUCCUCAUUGAGAGGCUGAAGACUGGGGGAGUGGUGGAUGUGUUCCAGACGGUUCGCAAGUUGAGGAUGCAGAAACCUGGGCGGUGGCCAGUCCUGUGAGUAUAGUUAGCAUUC